UGGGUAAGCCUUUCAAGAAGAUGAAGAGGAAAUGUUUUGCAUGAGGCAGUCACUCUUCAGUGACAGUUUUUCUCCAUCUCCAUAAACAGAGACCCCCCCAGAAGACAUAAAGGUGGAACAAGUCUGAAGUCUGCCAAGAUCAUCUCCAGCCAAUGGCGCAGCAGAUUGGAGAGAGCCCACAAUGUGUGGCCACCUCAAUCAACAACACUCACAUUAUGCAGUUGGGAAAAGGUGUGGCAGCUAGAUCCUCCUAUAACCCUUUGGAUGAAUCUAUGAAGGUGCUCAUGGGAAAGCAAAAGGUCUUUGGGGCUCUCCAGAUCCUGAAUGGGGCUCUGAUCCUUGCCAUCGGGAUAUUUUUAGGCUCAUUACAAUAUGUUUCACAAUUCCCCAGAAAUGUCUUUUUCAUGAUAUUCUACACGGGCUACCCUGUUUGGGGAGCUGCAUCAUUCAUCAUUUCAGGAUCCCUUUCUAUUGUAGCCGAAGAAAAACCCACAAAGAAUUUGGUACAAAGCAGUUUUGGGAUGAACAUUGCCAGUGCAACAAUCUCAUUAGUGGGAAUCAUUUUUCUCUUGAUCAAUUUUGUGCUAAUUAAUUGGGAAGUCAGAAGCUGUCCACCAGAAUCUCCCAACGUGUGCACUUUGACCAGUUCUGUAUCAAUUGGGCUCCUGUCUUUGAUGAUGAUUCUCACUGUGCUGGAAUUAUGCUUUACCCUCUCUCUCACCAUCUUGGGGUGUAAAAUAAAUUGUUGUGAGUCCAAUGAGGAAACUUUAUACCCUCCAGAUUCUUCUAUGGUUAUAGAUAUGGCCCCUACUGAACAGCAUUCUGAAGGGCUGGAAGCCUCAAUCCCUGAGCACAAUACUGAGAUACUAAGCAAAUAGCCCAAAGGAUUCUCCAGGAAUACUCAUUUAGAGCAGUCAGUUGAACCAAUCUUUAUCCUAGGGGACCCCACUGAAUGAUGUGACCUCAAUUUUCCUUCUCUCGACAUAAUGUGACUUCUGAGUUCCUUGUAGGCACCAUCUAUACUUUACAAACAAUUUCCUCCACCCUCUACACAGAUGUUUUUGGUUUCACUGGGGUCUUGCCUGCUUUCAUGGAAGAUCCAACCAAAGCAUAUUCAUUCCCCUCCAGAAGUCCAGAACAAAGUGAGGAAAUGCAUAGGGACCAAUGGAUAUAAUGGAUAUGAAGGUAUCAGAGACACAUUCAGCCCAAUAUGGGUAAUUUUGGAGACUGAUAAUUGCCAUUGAUCUGGCUUGAUGAUGCUGUCAUCAUGGACACAUUUUCAUCAACUGAAAUUAUAAUAGAAAUGGACACAAAAAGGUGGUUGGCUACUCAUUCCUGACCGUUGGUGAGAAAAUUCAUAUUUUCCCCCUCGUCAUGCAGGCUUCUCUUCUGCACAAAGUAAAAUACCUUAGACAUAGGAAUAGCUAUUUAGUUGAAACACCUGGCUCUUAUUUUUCACUAUUUCCAAUAAAUGGUGCACCCUGUGUGUUAAUGUACUUAAAA